GCUUAGGUUGAGUACAGGUUCCGAUAGUUCAUAUGUAAAAACGUUUUUAAAUCAUUAAACAGAGACUGCCACGAGACUCAGCGUGGUCGAUAACCCCUGUCUAGAGUCAUUUGUGAGGCUCUCACGUGUGAGAAAAGAACAGUUUUGAGACUCCCAGGAAAUUCAAUGCCAGGCCUAAGCGAUCGAAGAUGAGUGUCUCGCUUGACUCUCAUUUUGAAGAGGACACUUUGGCCUAUCUAUCCAUGAAAAAAAAUCAAACUAUUUGUAUUUCAAGUUUUUGAGCAAUGGCCUGGUUUUCCAAAGACCUCCUGAAAAACCUACUAAGAUCUUGAAUCAUUGUGAAAAGCUGCAUUUAGGUCCUAACUUUCGAUUAGUGAAGACCGCAAGCAUCUACCAUUUUUCUGUCAAACGUUAUUCGAAAAACAUCCGAGUCCAUUCUUUUUUUUACCGACAAUAGGUGAAAAUCUAUCAUAAGUUGCAUCUUAAAUAAAAAUAACAAGAAAUGUAAACUUUAUAUGUCAAAUGUUAAAAUUUCUCAAAAAAGUAUUUAUUUUCAUAUAACUCUACAUUUAAGAGAGGCGCUCCAACCUUUCUCUCCCUAACACCCCUCAAGCUUUGGCAUUUUAUGUGAGAGAUUUAGUAAGGUAUAUCCUCAAAUAACUGGCAGAGAGGUCAAACGUUGUAGUAGUAGUGAAAUUUUGCGAAACAUCAAUUUUGCUAUCCACCUUGAGAGAGGAUCAAAAAGUAAUUCAGGCUCUAAAAAGACUGUCAAUAGAAACGUUGUCCGUUAUGCUUGUCCCACCAUCUAGCGUUGUGUUCCAACUCUACAGCAUAAAUGCAUGACAAGUUUCUGAUAUUUUUUGAAUCCUGGUCACUUCUAUACAGAAGUUAUCCUUGGAAAAUAAGUUAGUAUAGAGUUAUAACUUUCGAUUAGUGAAGACCGCAAGCAGCUACCAUUUUUCUAUCAAACGUUAUUCAAAAAACAUCCGAGUCCAUUCUUUUUUUUUACCGACAAUAGUUGGUUGGCAUUAUGUCGAUGUGCAAUGUUAUAUAAUCAUGCUGAUUUUAGAGGAGAUCCUGAUAAUUUACGAAAAUCUGUGUUUCAACGCGAAUGUAUUGGUGAUGCUAGCGAAACAGCAUUAUUAAUGUGUGUUGAAUUAUCUACAGGCAAUGUUAUAAAAUUUUUCGAAGAAAAUCGUAAAAUAUUAGAAAUACCAUCUAAUGCAACUAAUAAAUAUCAAUUUUAG